AUGGCUGCGCUAGUGGAUUCUCCACGACUAGCACUGGUCAGCGAUGCCGACCUCCUCCAGGCCCGCGCCGCGCUGCAGCACCAGGAGAGCCCCAACAUCUCCGUCCCGCGAGAAUUCAUAUCUCUCAUUGUUGAAGAACUGAUCUACCGUCGCGAGUCCCACUCCGCCAUCGCGGACGUCGAACAUGAAUGCUCCACUCUCCGCAAGGAGCUUCGCAAACACACCCACAUCAAUGAAGCCUUCCAGAAAGAACUGCGCGAGAUCGGCGAGAUCAUUACGCAGGUUGCUCAUGGCGACUUGUCCCAGCGCGCACGGCUACAUCCUCUGGAGAUGUCGCCCGACAUUGCGACCUUCAAGCAGACAAUCAACACGAUGAUGGACCAGCUGCAAGUCUUUAGCCAGGAAGUGUCCAAAGUGGCUCGUGAGGUGGGCACCGAGGGAGUCCUCGGGGGGCAGGCCAACAUCGACGGCAUUCAAGGAAUCUGGCAAGAGCUUACCGUCAACGUGAAUGCCAUGGCCAACAACCUGACCACCCAGGUCCGCGACAUUACCACAGUCACCACUGCGGUGGCCAAGGGCGAUUUGACCCGGAAGGUGCAGGCGGACUGCAAAGGUGAAAUCUUGUUGCUCAAGAACAUUAUCAAUUCUAUGGUCGACCAACUGCGGGAGUUCGCUUUUGAGGUGAGCCGAGUGGCUCGUGAAGUUGGCUCGGAUGGAACACUAGGUGGUCAGGCCGUGGUCCACGGCGUAGAGGGUACCUGGAAGAACCUCACCGACAACGUCAAUCGCAUGGCCUCGAACCUGACCCAACAAGUCCGUGAGAUUGCCAAGGUGACGACCGCCGUGGCCCGUGGCGAUCUCACCAUGAAGGUGACAGCCGACGUGAAGGGCGAAAUCCUAGAUCUGAAACUUACUAUCAACGCAAUGGUUGACCGGCUCAACCAGUUCGCCUUCGAGGUGAGCCGUGUGGCUCGCGAAGUAGGCACAGAUGGCACAUUGGGUGGACAAGCGCAAGUGGAGAACGUGGAGGGUCGGUGGCGCGAUCUGACAGACAACGUCAACACAAUGGCCCAGAAUCUUACGCAGCAAGUGCGACAGAUUUCAAAUGUCACUCAAGCCAUUGCUCGGGGCGAUCUAAGCACCAAGAUCGAAGUCCAUGCCCAGGGCGAAAUUCUCACUUUGAAAGAAACAAUCAACCGCAUGGUGGACGGCCUCAGUCAAUUCGCACGAGAAGUGAAGAUCGUGGCGAGAGACGUGGGUGUUCGGGGCAAGCUUGGUGGGCAAGCGAAACUUGACGGCUCAUAUGGUAUCUGGCGGUCUAUCAGUGAAGACGUCAAUAUCAUGGCCGAUAACCUCACCUCGCAGGUGCGAGCCUUUGGUGAGAUUACAGAGGCUGCGAUGAGCGGAGACUUUACAAAGUUGAUUACGGUGUCGGCGUCUGGUGAGAUGGAUGAUCUGAAGCAGAAAAUCAACAAGAUGAUCUGGAGCUUGCGUGAUAGUAUUCAACGGAACACCGCUGCCCGUGAGGCGGCGGAGCUGGCGAAUCGCAGCAAGUCUGAGUUCCUUGCCAAUAUGAGUCAUGAAAUUCGAACACCGAUGAACGGAAUAAUUGGGCUUUCGAGUCUAGCCCUCGACACCGACGAUCUUGCUGCUCCUGUCCGAGAGACGCUCAACAUGGUGCACAACCUCGCCAUUAGCCUCUUAACCAUUAUCGACGAUAUUCUCGAUAUUUCCAAGAUCGAGGCCAACCACAUGAUCAUUGAGAAGAUGCCAUUCAGCCUGGGAUCGACGGUACUAGGGGUUUUGAAAGCUCUGUUGGUUGAAACAAACGAAAAGGCCUUGACCUUGUCCUACACCGUCGACGGCAACGUGCCCGACUUUUUGAUCGGCGAUGCAUACCGCCUGCGCCAGGUAAUGCUGAAUUUGGUCGGCAAUGCCAUCAAAUUUACCGACCACGGUGAAAUUAGCGUGACGAUUAGGCGUGCUGAGGACAGCAAGUGCAACGACGACGAGACAAUGUUUGAGUUUUCGGUCACGGACCCUGGCAUUGGCAUUGAAGAGAGCAAACUGGGCCUUAUUUUUGGUAAAUUCCAGCAAGCAGACGGCUCAAUGACUCGCCGGUUCGGUGGCACAGGUCUGGGGCUGGCCAUUUCCAAGCGCCUGGUUUCUCUGAUGGGCGGUGAUAUCUGGGUCACGUCGCGCGUGGGUAAGGGCAGCAAGUUCUCGUUCACGUCUCGAGCGAAACUGGCCGAAGCUCCAUUGGGCUUCUCAGAGCAGCUAGCACCCUAUCGGGGACGUCGAGUUUUGCUGGUAGACAAUGGGGACUCGGCAGGCUGUCCUGUGUUCCGGAUGCUACAGGACUUUGGCCUCGAGCCCGUCGUUGUUAGCGACAGCCAACUGAAUCCAGGUCAAGGUCAAACCGACUGGGGCGGCUCGUUCGACGCCAUGCUGGCCCCGACCAUUGAGACAGCUGCGAAAUUGCGCGCCGAUCCAACUCUUUCCACAAAUCCACUGGUCGUCGUGGCGCCUGUGGUAUCUCUGUUUCUGAAGAGCGCGGGCGAGCUCGGCAUAACAUCCUACAUCACAACACCCUGCCGCCCAAUUGACUUCUGGAGUGGCAUUCUCCCCGCCCUGGGCAACCGCACCAACCGCAUCUCCGACGGGUUCACGCGCUCCCUUGCAAUCCUGCUUGCCGAGGACAACGAUGUGAACCAAAAAGUUGCAGUCCGUAUCCUCCAAAAAUGCAACCACAACGUGACCGUCGUCGAGAACGGUCUUCAGGCCGUCAAAGAGGCACAACAGCACCGAUACGACGUGAUCCUUAUGGACGUGUCCAUGCCCGUGAUGGGCGGGUUCGAAGCGACGGUCAAGAUCAGACAGCACGAAAAGAUCAACAGUCUCCCGCGGACGCCGAUCGUGGCGCUGACGGCACAUGCUAUGCUCGGUGAUCGGGAUAAAUGUAUCAAGGCCGGUAUGGACGAGUACCUCUCGAAGCCGCUGAACUCCAGUAUGAUGAUGCAGACUAUCUUGAAGUGCUCGGCCAUGAACCUUGUGUCGGCUGUUGAAACAUGA